GGUAUCGUCCAAUAAGAUUCCAAAAUGGCGGACGAUGUGCAGCAGGAGCCUGCUUGUGUUACGGAAAAUGAAAAACCCGAGGAUGUAUUUGUAAAUGGUGAUUCUGGUGCUAAACCAGAGGAUUUAGAUAUAGAAUCGACAAAUGAAUUAACCGUUCCUAAACCAUCGUUGCCACGGAGGAGUAGUUUAAUGAAUAAAGAUGGACAUUCCAAACGAACACCGCGUAAGAAAACGGUGUCUUUUAGCAGUAUGCCAACUGAGCGCAAAAUAGCAACCGCUCAAGACUGUUUAGCAUAUAUGCAGAAUGGAAGUGAACUUAUCAAAGUUCGUUCAAAUAGUCGACAAUAUCAUCGGUUCUUUUCACUUAGCAAUGACAUGACAGAAAUACGCUGGCAGCCCACCAAUAAGAAGCCACACAAAGCUAAAAUUGGUGUGGCAUCAGUAAAAGAAGUUCGACAAGGAAAAACAACUGAUGCUUUAAGAAAUAAGGAAAUAGCAGGAAUCUAUCCAGAUGAAUGUGCUUUUUCUAUUAUCUUUGGUGAAGAGUUUGAAUCUAUGGAUUUGAUAGCUAACACAGCUGAUGAAGCCAAUAUUUGGGUGACUGGAUUAACUUGUCUUAUCAAUGCCAAUUCCAAGUCUAGCACUGCUCCUAAUGCUAUAGAAGAAAUGCAGAGAAUGAGAGAUUCCUGGUUGUUGGAUAUUUUUACCAAUGCUGACCCAGAGAACUCAGGUCUUAUUGCAGACUCAGAAGUAGUGAAAUUAUUUAAACGCAUCAACGACACAAUAACAACAUCUGUUAUAUCACAGAAAAUAAAGGAAUUACAAAUUAAAAGAGGAGAUGGUUUACGUAACAGAUUGAACAGCGAUGAAUUUGUUGCAUUAUUUAAAGAGAUCUCUACAAGACCAGAGAUAUAUUUUCUUCUUGUAAGAUAUGCAAGUAAUGCAGAUCAUUUGUGUACUGAUGAUUUAUUACUGUUUUUAGAAGCAGAACAAGGGAUGCAACGAGUAACCAAAGAAAGAUGUAUGGAAAUUAUAUCAAGAUUUGAACCAACAAAAGAAGGUCGAGAGAAAGGUCAUCUGGGUAUUGAUGGUUUUACAGCCUAUCUUUUAUCGGAAGAAUGUGAUAUUUUUGAUGAGGAGCAUAAAGAAGUUUGUCAAGAUAUGACCCAAUCUUUUACCCAUUAUUUCAUUUCUACAUCUCACAAUACCUACUUAUUAGAGGAUCAGUUAAAGGGACCGUCUAGUGUAGAUGGUUAUAUCUCGGCACUUAAAAAAGGCUGUCGUUGUCUAGAAUUGGAUUGCUGGGACGGUCCAAAUGACGAACCUAUUAUAUACCAUGGUCACACGUUAACUUCCAAAAUAUCUUUUCAAGCCGUCAUAGAGGCCAUUAAUGAACAUGCAUUUUCAAAAUCUGAGUAUCCGUUGGUUCUGUGUAUUGAGAAUCAUUGUUCUAUGAAACAACAACAAAUAAUGGCUCAACAGUUAAAAACAAUACUUGGUGAUAAACUAGAUAUGACAACUGUAGUUGAAAAUAUGACAGAAUUUCCUUCACCUGAAUUCUUUAAAGGAAAAAUUAUGAUAAAAGGUAAGAAAUUAACAGGUAAACAGGAGAGUGGUGAAGGUUACGUUACAGAUGAAGAUGAAGGAGCAGAGACAGAAAAAAAGAAAAAUAAUAAAAGGGAAGGGUCAAUGAAAAAACAUAAACUUGCUAAAGAGCUUUCAGAACUUGUCAAUUUUUUUGUGUCAAAGAGAUUUGAGAGUUUUCAGAUUUCUGUACAACAACAAAACCUAUGGGAAAUGUGUUCAUAUAGUGAAUCUCAAGCAUUGAAGCUAGCCAUGUCAUGUCCUGAGGAAUUUGUUAAUCAUAAUAAGCGCUUUUUGUCUCGUGUUUAUCCUAAUGGAAUGCGAGUUGAUUCUAGUAAUUAUAAUCCUCAAGAUCUCUGGAACUGUGGAUGUCAAAUGGUUGCCUUGAACUUUCAGACAGCUGGCUUAAUGAUGGAUCUAUAUAAUGGUUGGUUUCGUAAAAAUGGUGGCUGUGGUUUUGUAUUAAAACCGUCCAUAAUGAGGGAAGAAAUUGCAUAUUUUAGUGCAAGCACAAGGGAGGUUAUUCCUGGUGUAUCUCCUCAGAUAUUACAUAUAAAGAUAAUAAGUGGCCAAAAUUUCCCAAAGCCUAAAGGUUCUGCAGCCAAAGGAGAUGUUACAGAUCCAUAUAUAAAUAUAGAAGUAUUUGGCAUACCAGCAGAUUGUGCUGAAGAAAGAACCAGAACAAUCGCUCAUAAUGGUUAUAAUCCUAUUUUUGAUGAAAGUUUUGAGUUUCAAAUCAACCUACCAGAACUGGCUCUAAUAAGAUUUGCUGUGUUAGAUGAUGAAUAUAUAGGAGAUGAGUUUAUUGGACAAUAUACCAUACCUUUUGAGUGUAUGCAAACUGGUUAUCGUCAUAUCCGUCUAUUAUCUAAUACUGGAAGUAUUAUAUUAAACUGUACAUUAUUUGUACAUAUAGCUAUAACUAAUAAAAGAGGGGGAGGUAAGGCGUACAAACGUGGCAUGUCAGUGAAAAAAACAAAAAGAUCUCGUGAUUAUACCAGUAUGAAGAAUAUUGGAGUUAAAGCCAUUGAUGAAACUUUCAAGGCAGCUGUUCAGCCACUGAGAGAUGGAACAGAUUUAAGAGAUGAUGUACAGAUAUCAUUAGCUGCAUUUAAAGAGACAUGUGGUCUAGCACCUAUAGCUAAUAUUAAACAAUGUAUUCGUCUAUUGGCAACUAGAAUAGCCAAUACUGGUGAACAGUCAUCAUUAACCUAUGUCAUGAAAGGAGAGUACCCUUGUUUAGAAGCUCAAGGUAAUUUACCAGAUAUUCUGCGUAAAGCACUCAUGUCAUUUGAAGAUUUAAUUUCUGACUGUAAAAAUGUUAUUCAGAAUGCAGACACAGUUUAUGAAAAGCUAUUACAAUGUCAGAAAGCAGGUUUAGAAUGGCAUGAAGAUUUAGAAACUGUCUGUCAACAAGCUGGACUACGCACUAAAAAAUUAACUAAAGCAACUGAGAAUUUUGCAUGGAAUGUUCGUGUAUUGAAGGGACAAGCUGAUUUAGUGUUACAGUCUAAGAAAGAUUGUAAUGAAUAUGUAAGACAGAUUAAAGAAGCUGCUGUGUCUACAGGUUUAUCGAAACAACCAGAGCCUGAUUUGUGUAAUAACCAUCAGAAUCUUCAACAAGUAUAAAACAUACAGUUAAAUACUCUUAUAACUUACAAGCCAUUACAUGUUUUAUCUUUACAUCACUCACUGAAAAUACUGUAUUUAAAAACCAAGCUAUGGAUACUCAUGUUUGCCAUAAUUCAUACAGAAUUAAAGUCAAUUAUUCAACUCGGUGUGAAGAUUUUCUUGUUGGGAAAUAAUGAAUAAACAUGCUCAAAGUAAUUGUUGUUAAUCAGUCAUGUGAACCAGAAAUAUAGAAACAAAACAAAUGGAAUUUCCAACUGCACUUUGUGAAAUAAAAGAGCAAUAUUUGUGAAUGUGAAAUCAACGUAUAAUGAGUCAUGUAGUCAGUUUAAUGUAUACAAGACACAAUGUUUAUCAUUAAUUAUAAUUUAUAAUAACAUUAUUGUACAUGAACUUACUGCCUUAAUUAAUUAAUAUUACUCUUGUUACUGUAAUUAGUAGAAUCAUUGUUCUAUAUAUUGACUAUGGUAAUUGUAGUAAUAUGACAGAGUUGUUUGUUUGUCUUACAAUAAUCAACAUGAUAACAAAAGAAAGAUGUUUAUUAAGAAGAGAAUGAAUUGUUGAAUUGUAUAAAAAAUACUGUUUUAAUGUUUUAUUAAUUUUUUGAAGUAUAUGUGAAACUGUUGAACUAAGUUAUGUGUUUUUUGUUAAUUAUGUGUCAGAACUACUUCUGUGAUAUUAAUAUACUUUAUUAUUACUAAAUCUUGUUUUCUGUACAAAAUAGAUAUUUUGGUUAUUUUUAAUUAACACAGAUAUUUAAAGAUACAUUAUGGGAGAUUAGAUAAAGAGCUAUAAUAGUUAAAAACUAGAUAAUGUAAAGGGAAUUUGCUUUAAAUUUUAGUCGAAUUGAUCCACUCUGAACCGAGAAUUUAGUGAUUGAAUUUUGGGCCUAGCCUCGAUCAUCAUUACUAAAGUCUUUUUGAUAAAAUAACAUAGGCUCGAUUAUCCAUUUUUUGAUUUAAUCAUCAAUGAGCGUUCAGCAGCAGAUCGGAUUAUAAUCCAGUAAAUAUUGCAGGCUAGCGAUGACAUCGAGAGUUGACUAUGGUCUGGAUAAGUUAAUUAAUGUCUAAUUAAUAAUUUAGAUAACAUUUCAGGCCUAAAGAAAUUGACAGAUUUAGCUCUUCAUAAUGUAUGUUUAAGGUUAUGUAUUAAGAAAAUGACUAUUAAAACCUAACCCACUUUAAAUUGGAUUUUUAAACAGUUGACUGGUUAAAACCUUCUCCAAAACUUUAAACCAGAUAUCAGUCCACUUAUUAAAACCUUCUCCAAAACUUUAAACCUUAUACCAGACCACACUUCUCCGAAACUUUAAACCAUAUACCAGACCACUCUUCUCCAAAUUUAAACCCUACAUCAGUCCACUGGUCCUUAACUCCAAUACAUACAGUUUGCUGGGUAAAAACCGCCUGGUCUUCCAUCCAAAAUUAAACCUUUAUAAUGGACUACAUGCUUUCCUAAAGCCUUUAAUGCUCAUAUCGGUUCAAGAUGGGUUCCCAGAAAAGUAUUUAUUGGGUGGUUAUUUCCAAUAAAAGUAUGGCAAUUUUGGUAUAUAUGGAAAGUAGAGAUAUCCAAUCUUACUAGAAAAAUACUGGAUUCCCCGAAAAGCACUCAUGGAGCUUAUACAGGACAAAAAUGUAAGGGUUCCCCUAAUCGUCAGCCCGACGAUUAGGAAUUUCUGCACGCGUGAUGUCAAAGGUCACACGCGAACAUUGAGUGCUUGAUGUACAAGUUGAUUAACUUUAUGAAGAGUUAGACGUACAACACUUUCUGAGAUAAAAAAGACGCGGGCAGUGGAUAAUCCGAUAAUUUAAUUAGGAUUCGAUAUUUGUAAUAAAUAGUAAGCGAUUAAAGACAACAUCGUCUUAUGUAUGCAAUGAAUUCUCCUCUGACUUCCAAGAGAGGUAAGUCACGUGACAUAAACAUGACCUGGUUUGAUCAAAUUUUUAUAGCAGGGCAUUCCUUCGCAAUUACAAUGUUUGAGAAGGAUUUGAACCAAAUUAUGACAAAUUAAUUAGUUUGAAUAUGUUUUUAGUCCAUAUAUACCAUUAAAUCACCCAGUUUGCACGCUGGAAUGUAUCUUUAAUAUAAUAAAAUAAUUGAAUGCAGUAAUAAUAUAAUAGCCAAGUUAGGGUAUAUGAUUCGAUAGAUAAAUAUUUUCUAUUAAUUAUAUACCGGUACAAGAGUUUAUCUAAUCAUUAGAAAUAGCUUUAAGUACAUAUCGGCAACAUUUCUAGUCCAUGAAAAGAUGUCACAAGAAUCACUACCCGAUUUUAGUGUUUGGUUGAAAACAUAUUUUUGAAAUGGAUGAAUUAAAUGUAUAAAUAAUAUUGCAUUAAAACUUAGAUGUUGUUCGAGUCUGAAAGAGCCAAAGAUGUAGCUAUCUCAAGGAAUUCAAAUUCUAUUGAUGAUUUAUUUUAAGAGUAGAUUCUGUAUGAUAUUGAAAAAUUAAAAAAUUUAUUAUCCAUAUCGGUCAAUGCUACUACUGAAAUGAUUUAUUCACAGUGUGGCAACCCUAAUACGGUACAUUUAUUUAAAUUAUAUCCAAAACAUAGUUGAUAAUUCAUGCCAGCAGGUCCUUUAAUUAUCAAGUGCAAUGAAGAAAUAUAUCAGUUGAUUACUUGGAGUUUGGACUAUCAUUCACAUAAACUUUGUCCAAGAUAUCUUUGAUUUUAUUGUUGUAAGUGAAGUGUGUGCAUGAAAAAAUAUCAAAUCCAACAUUUCUUCUUAAUAUGUAGGGCAGAUUUAUUUUGAGAACAUUAUUUCCUAUAUACAUGUAUCUCUGGAAGGUUUUAAGCAUCAAAUAUCUCUAGUACACGUAUAUUGUUUCAGAGGAACAUGAAUGACGUUCUUUCUAAAAAAAAUUAAAUACCCAAUCUCCAAUAAGCUCAAACUUUGUAAAAUUCGUUAAAAUCAAUGAAAUGGGGUUUAACGUCUUAUUUUUCUGCACCGACUGGGCUAAUGAAGAUAGUGUUAAAAUAUAAGUUAGAUAUUACUACAUAUAUGCACUGUAGCAACCAUUUGGAUAAUAGACUAAAACCUGCCUUAAAUAUGAAUCAUGAAAUCUGUGACACAAAAUUAUGUGCAUCCUAGCUCUUUCAACACCCUUAAUAUAGUGUGUACAUGAAAGUAAUGCUAUAUACUCAUGUACAUGUAUGUACAGAAUAGGAACCCUGUAAUACCCUGUCUCAUAGUGCCUAUGUAUUGCUAGGAUUGUGGCAUAAUCAGACCAACAUGGUACAUAUUUAUGAUAUUUUAUUCCGUUUCUUGAUAUUCUUACACAAUUUGAAUCCAACAGUCACAAAAUAUAAUAUAUAGUUGCACAAACCUCUAUAAACCUAGACUAUUUAAUAUGUAUGGUUUUUGUGUAGUUUCUAUAAUGUCUAAUUAAGAAAGCUCAAAACACUUUUAUAGUUAUUAAUAAUUUAUCCUAAUAUCUGUUGAGUUCCAUAUUACUUUUAAAUUGUUUCCAGUAAUUUUCAUCUUAUGUUUUUUAUUUGUUUACUUUUAAAAAUUUAUAGCUGUAUUCUCCAACAACCAUACAUUGUAUAUGAUUACCUUUUAACACCAGUACUUCUGGUAUGAUGUUAAAAAAUAUCUUAAACGAAUUGAUAUACUAGUUAUCACAUAGUUAAUCUGUUUUUAAUUAUAUAAUUUAUACGCAAGUUCCAGUUUAUAUUAUUUACAUUUGUUAUGCUAUAAAAUAUGUUUGCUUUUGCUAACCAUAGAUAGUUUGGUCACAAUUCACCUUGUUUUUACUUUAUAAAUGCGACAAAAAAAAGAUCGAUUUAAGUGAACGGUUCACUUUUUGUGUGAUUUGAUCUUUUCUAAUCGUUCAGGGUUCUUGUUAAUUGGUUUCAUUUUAAUUGCUGAAAACAUCACAUAUUAUUUGUAAUACCAAAAGUCAAGAUGUCUAAGUCAGUUUGUAUCUGUAAUUGAUGAUGGCUUAAAUUUUUGUCCCCCGCCUUUCAAAGAAAGCCGGAGACUAUUAAAAUGGGUUUGUCUGUCACAUUUAUUGCGACACAAUAACUCUCCUUUUAAUUGAGCUAGAUGUUUUAUUAGGUCAAUGCCUUGAUGGAGUUUGAAGAUGAGAAUUUUCUGCUUAGGGUAAGAAGAGAUAAACAAUUUGAUUGGUUGAUGCUUUGGGACACGAUAACUUUAGUUCUAAUUAAGUGAGAGUGAGGACACUUGGUGUAUAGUUUUAUUAGGUCAAUGCCUUGAUGGAGUUUGAAGAUGAGAAUUUUCUGCUUAGGGUAAGAAGAGAUAAACAAUUUGAUUUGUUGAUGCUUUGGGACACGAUAACUUUAGUUCUAAUUAAGUGAGAGUGAGGACACUUGGUGUAUAUUUUUAUCACAUCAGUACCUUGACUAAGUUCGAUAAUGAGUAUUUCUGCUCGGGGUAAGCAGAGCGAUAAGCAGUUUGAUUGGUCGAGACUUUGGAACACUCUCCUUCUAAUUAAGGUAGAAUGUUCAAAUUUGGUCUAGGCGUUCAUUAGGUGAAUUUGAUUGAUGGAGUUAGAUGAUAACCAUUGUCUGCUUACGGUAAGCAGAGAUAAGCAAUCUGAUUGGUUGAUGCUUAGGGGCACGAGAGUGAUGAAACUCUUGAGUAUAGAUUCAUUACAAUGUAUAUCAUUACCUUGACUAAGUUUAGAAUGUUUAAACUUGAUGUAGAAGUUCAUUAGGUGAAUAUCUUGACUGAGUUCAAUGAUUAACAUUUCAAGCUAAAGCUAAGCAGAGCUAAGAAAUUUCAUUAGUCGAUGCUUUGGCAAGAUAACUUUGAUUCUAUCUGAUAGAGAGUGAUGAAACUUAGUGUAUAGUUGAUAAUCAGUUCGAUUGCUUGAUACUUUUGAAAAAAAUAAAUGUGCGAUUAAUUAAUGUGUCAUCUAUUUAUUUUGGGAUUUCGGCAGGGGACAUCAGCCUCACUAUUGGCUUGUUUAAAAUAAAAACAGGAAUAUCUGCGAAACAGAAAAAUUAUGCCUUGUGGACUGCGCAUGCGAUUUAGCUGCUGUGGGUGUAUGUUUUGUUGCCUGGCAACUGAUCUUUUUAUGAAGCGAAUGACUUUUAAGGAUGUCCAUUACAGCUUAUUUAUGUACAUUUCAGCAUAUUCCUUAUUUUUGAUGGAUAUUUUAAGUUAGAUAUUAUAUGUAAACAUUUUUUGGAAAGCUAACUGUGACUGGUGUAUGAUGUUCAUUUUUAACAUGUGUUAAUUAGAUUAAAUAAUUUGUUUCUUUUAGUGAAAGAAUGUGUAUGACUUGGAUUUUUUUCCUUUUUUUGUAAGAAAAUUAACUACAAAAAAUUAAUCUGGGUUCUAGUGCAAUAUCAGACUGUUUGUUUUAAUAUUAAACUGGACAUGACGAAUAAAAUAUUAAUACAAAGAUA